AUAACUAAGAACGUCUCUUACUUAAGAGACAAAACUAAUGUUAAGAGACGUCCACGUGGCGCCUUUUUUCUUUCUUUCUUUUUCUUUCUCUCUCAAAUCGCGAAAACAAAGACAAUUUCGGAAACUCAUGCGAGCACCGAUCGGUAUUUCAAGCGGCACCGAAAACUACUCCGAUUACGCUGACUCCGACGAAGAUGAUGCCGACGCCGAUUACGAGUUCGUUGAAGACGCCGCUGAUGAUUCCGAUGACCUUAUCUUCUGCCGCCGCCAGGCUAUUCGAUGUAAAGCCUUCACGCACAUGGAGGGUGAGAUAGAAUUUGUACAGAUAGAUCCAAAUGACUUGUAUCCCUGUCUUCUUAUGAACGUUGGAUCUGGUGUUAGCAUUAUCAAGGUUGAUGGUGAAAGGAAAGUUUGAACGUGUGAAUGGGGACUAAUGUUGGCAGUGGUACCUAUUGGGGAUUAGGAAGACUUCUAACGAAGUGCAAGAGGUUACAACAAUAGAUUUAACUCAUUGUUGAGUAUGAUUUCCGGGAAACAUCCAAGGAUUCGGGUACCGUUCAAGUUUGAUUAGGUACGUUGAAUUUGUAAUCAAGUUUUGUUCUUUUUUUCUCAGAUGUGUUCUCUUAUGUAUGGUAAGAACUAAGGCUAUUUCCCGCAAAGAAUACAAACGAAUGUAUUAUUUUUGAAUCAAUGUGUUGGUAUACAUGGGGAAAAAUGUAGCUAUUCGAGUCGAUACACUUAAACAAAAAUUCUUUCUUUAUACACUCAAAUGUAACCAAAA